AUGAUCAACGAGAUGGUCAUGAUGUCUUGGACGUCUGAUCUUGAAGCCGAGAAUCUAAGUGUGAAGCAAGCGCCGCUUUACACAGUGGCCAUAUUGCUCUCCUUGGAGCUGCUGGUCUGCGCUACUUCGCAGGCCCUUGGGCCUCGCUUUGUAGCAUUCUGCGAUUUGCUGAUGAUUUGGGCUACACUGAGAGCGGAUGACCUGCAGCGUGUGGACUUGAAAUCAGUCAAGCCUUCGCAGCUGGGACUCAAAUUUUGUCUGCGCAAAACGAAGACAAGUGGCCCUGGUCGCAAGGUUGGCGAGCUCUUCGCAUAUGUUUCACGUUCAGCUGGUUUGAGUGGUUUUGACUGGCUUUCCGAGGGAAUGCGCCUCCUCUCUAACAAGCAGCUGGCUUGGCCACGUGACUAUUUCUGCCCAGUGCUGAGCGACGCUUGGGAAGUGUCAAGAAAGGGUUUCCUGGGAGCUGGUGGUCUGGCUACGUCCCGCAAUUUCUUGGUGCCGGACACACUGCGUACAUACUGGAGUGGACAUAGCGCUCAGCACAUGUUGCCUAGCAUUGCAGCAGCACUGGGAGUGGAGAAAGAUCGCAGGGACUUUCUUGGCCGCUGGUGCUAUGCGCAACAUGGCUCGCAGGACUAUAUCCUGACUUCACGUCAGGUAGUGCAGGGGAUCCAGAACUUGGUGUCAAAGUCUCUUCUGGAAGGCAAUGCAGAGGGCGGUUACAUCGAGGAGGAGGUCUUUGCGGGAGUGAAGCAAGCUUGCGCAGAUCUCUCGCUCGACCAGGCAGUGGUCCUACGGAGGCACGCUGUUUCGGAGUGGGAUGCAAGUGCAAAGACCUGGCAACUGUUUGGGCGUUUUCCUCACAUUAUGAUUCCGCCAGAGCAACUCAAAGGAGCGGCAGGUGACAUUGCAAGAUUGCCGGGGCCUUAUCAAGCUUGGAGCGCGGAGGAAGGCCUGGGAGACUCACCCUACUUUGUCAUUGUUUCCCGGAAGGGUUAUAGGCGUUUGCAUCUUGCCAAGGGUUGCGCAGUUAGGCAAGAACGGUGCAUUGAGACUAUUGGCAUCCACUCACUGGAGGAUGCAUCGGCUGAUUCCAUUCGUAAGCUGUGUAAGCCCAGUCCAGCUCCGUCGUCCGAGGCUCCUGCUGAGUCCCGUGGCGGUUGA